AUGGGAAGCUGGUUCUCAAAAGGCAGCGAUGAACCGCCAGCCAGACCAGAAGAAGACGAAGCCGAAGCUGCCCGGCCGAAACAUGGUGGAAUCAUUUAUGAUGAGAUGAGGAAACUGCGAGAGAUGGCGAAAGACAAGCAAGUACGUGGACCACGAGCUGGCCUGAAACGCGGCCUCGACGGAGAGGAGGGCGAAGACUUCGUCGCCUUCCGCGAGGUGCACGACUUGGAAAGCUGUAAGGUGGCUCAAGAAACAGAGAUUUGGCUCUUCGCGACCACCAUUCAGAAGGGUUCCAACCACUACAUUCAUCAACAUUCGGCUCCGACGUGGGUUUGGAUCAAUCCAGAUCGAGAUCAGCACCCAGCGAAUCGGCCCCGAAUCGGCGAGGUCAGGCGCCCGCCGCGCGCGUCAGGCGCCCACCACGACGCGGAGCUCGAUGACGACGAGCAGCUUGACGAGCUCCACGAGGAGUCGCACGUCGAUGACCUACACCAGUCGAGCACCCGCACCGUCACUUCUCUGCGGGGCUCCUGGAAACAAGCCGAGGAGAACGGACGAACCCACCGCGCGUUACCGCGCCGCGCCGAUCUGAACUGCUACUGGGGCGCAGGAGCUGCGACUGCGGAAGGCAAGGACUUCGUGGGGCUUUUGAGUGCAGCAAGGUGGACUCCUGUGAAGCCUCACUUUACCAAGACUUUGGCCGCUGGGGCCGAAGCAAAGCAGGUUCGGUGCGUCUCGGCCGGCACCAUCACCAUCGAAGCGAGUUUCGGAGGUCGUGUGGGCAAUUGCUGGUUGAGGUCCAAGGUGGACUUGCCCAAGUGCGUGAAAGUGCCGGGCUACAGUCUCUGGCUGGAAGCCUCAGAGGUGUUGAACCCCAACUCGUCUCAUCGCCCGGAAAAGGACAACGACAACGAUGGUUGCCGCGUGGCAUCGCCCGAAAGGUCCAUGAAGCUUCCAGCAGUGCUCCUGGCGUUGGCCAGUUUGGUCGAUGGAUCUUGCCUCCUUGAGAACAAGGAGAAGGUGUUGAAGUGUGCGACCACGGAGGGAUGCGUUGACGGAGAGCAAGUGGAUGCCACUUGCCUGGGCGCAUGUUUGCAGAGCGAUGGGGUGCAGCAGAACUGCGCUGGAUGCUUAGGCGAAGGUUUGUCCUGUGCAGUGGCGAACUGCCAGAACCAGUGUUCUCCAGGACAUCCCAACUACUACUCCUCACAGUGCACACAGUGCCUUCGACAAGAGAAAUGUCGCACUUGUGCCUUUGUGGCCCAGACAGUCAACGAGGUGGCCAAUGCCACGAAGAGCUAUGGCGAAGUGGCGAACCUGGCUGCCUUGGCAUUGGAGGCGAAGGCCGAGAGGUCGGUCGACCUGCCCAAGGCAGGUGGUUUCUGCUACGAGGAACGCUGCGAGUUUUCAUCGGCUGCACCGAAGGGGAUGCACUGCCAGCUUCUGAGAUCGCUCAACAAAUCGAAGACUCGCCGAAUGUCAGUCGUCGUGAUGAGGAGGAAGCCGACGCGGACGAAGAAGGAUCAAGCGAAACUCAAGAAAUGCGGCACAGAGUGCCUGACACGGCCUCAACGUGCACAGUGUGCCACAGACUGCUUGAGGCGAGAAGGCAUGAAGCCUGGCUGUGCUAGAUGCUUUGGCGAUAAAGUCGACUGCACCAUCAGGGCCCGGGGAGUCACGGGAAGGGCAUGGCCGUGGCCGAGUAGACGAGAGACAUCAAGAGACAAGAGUGGAUGAUGACUGAAUCCUGACCCCUGUUUUACAGUAAACAAGGGGUUGGCGAAGCCUUUGGGGUUCGUCUGUAAGUAGGUUUUGAGUAGAUUGGGGUGUUCGCAGCUGAAGCAGCUGAAGGGGCUUUCCAGCAAAGAUACUGCGUCAAGCUGAGUUUGGUCUCAAAACAUGUCCAAAAAAGGGGCUCCGGACCAGUCGCCGGAGCCAAGCCUUCGAGACCUGUAGUUUGUUGUUUGGGACUUGGGACGAAGUCAUGUAGGACUGUAGGACUUUGAUGCAUUCAUUUCCCAGACAUGGAUGGUCAAAGCUCUUAAC